GUACCCGGCUUCCCGCCCAUCGCACGCCCCGCGCCCCGUCCCGGGGUUCCGCGCCGCCCCGCCCCGCGCGCUCCCCAGCGGCGCCCGCGAGUCCCAGCCGGUGCGGGUGCGGGUGCGGGUGCUGGGAGGGGGGGCGCGGCCCGCCAUGGAGGUGGAGCAGGCCUUCCAGGUGGUGGGGGAGAUGGGCAUCUACCAGAUGUACUUGUGCUUCCUGCUGGCCGUGCUGCUGCAGCUCUACGUGGCCACGGAGGCCAUCCUCAUCGCGCUCGUGGGGGCCACGCCCUCCUACCGCUGGGACCUGGCCGAGCUCCUGCCGAACCAGAGCCACGGCAGCCAGUGGGCUGGUGAGGACCUGGCGCUGGGGGACUGGCUCCUGAAGGCCAACGGCAGCGAGGUGCGCAAGCACGUGCACUUCAGCGGCAGCUUCACCUCCAUCGCCUCCGAGUGGUUUCUGAUCGCCAACAGGUCGUACAAGGUCAGCGCGGCCAGCUCCUUCUUCUUCGGCGGCGUGUUUGUGGGCGUGAUCUCUUUCGGGCAGCUCUCCGAUCGCUUCGGGAGGAAGAAGGUCUACCUCACAGGGUCGAUCGGCGGCCUCUUCUUCGCAGUCGGCAUCGCCCAGUGCGCCCUGCUGGGGUACUUCAUCCGCUCCUGGAGGAGCCUGGCCGUGCUGGUGAACCUGCAGGGGACAGCGGUCUUUCUCUUAUCUCUAUUCAUUCCUGAAUCACCUCGUUGGUUAUACUCCCAGGGUCGACUGAGCGAGGCGGAGGGGGCUCUGUACCUCAUCGCCAGGAGGAACCGCAAGCUCAAGUGCAUGUUCUCACUCACUCACCCGGCCAACAGGAGCUGCCAGGCGUCGGGGAGUUUCCUGGACCUGUUCCGGCACCGGGUCCUCCUGGGGCACACGCUGACCCUGAUGUUCAUCUGGUUCGUGUGCAGCCUGGUCUACUACGGCCUGACUCUGAGUGCCGGGGACCUGGGCGGGAACCUCUACGCCAACCUGGCCCUGUCUGGCCUCAUAGAGAUCCCCUCCUACCCUCUCUGCAUCUACUUGAUUAACCACAAGUGGUUUGGUCGGAGGCGGACGUUAGCAGCAUUUCUGUGCCUGGGAGGACUGGCUUGUCUCGUCGUAAUGUUUCUUCCAGAAAAGAAAGACACGGGCGUGUUCGCCGUGGUGAACAGCCGGUCCUUGUCUCUGCUGGGGAAGCUGACCAUCAGCGCCGCCUUCAAUGUUGUGUACAUCUACACCUCUGAGCUCUACCCUACAGUCAUCAGGAACGUUGGGCUUGGCGCCUGCUCCAUGUUCUCCCGCGUCGGUGGGAUCAUUGCUCCCUUCGUCCCCUCUCUGAAAUAUGUGCAGUGGUCUUUACCUUUCAUUGUCUUUGGAGCCACGGGCCUGGCCGCGGGCCUGCUGAGUCUGUUAUUGCCUGAAACCCUGAACACCCCGUUGCUGGAGACCGUUUCUGACCUCCAGGUGUACUCCUACCGGAGUCUGGGGGACGAAGCUCUGUCUUUGCAGACCCUGGACGUCCCACAGUCUGCGGACAAGGGCGGCGCUCCAGGGAGCGAGAGCGAAGAGGAAGAGUUUUAUGAUGCGGACGAAGGGACUCACAUGAUCAAGUGAGAGGCCCCAGGUUCCGCCUCCGGGGCAGGGGGCCAUCUUCCGUGCCUCCGGCAAAGGCAGGUUCUGCCGGGACCUGGAGAGAGCUGGGCUCAGACACCGGUCAAAGGUGCCCCGCUUCAGGACUGACUGUUUCCAGGCACAGAUCGAGCUGGAGAAGAGAGUUCCUGAGCGAGGCCAUCACUGCAUUGAGGCCAUAGAUGUUACUGUGUCCAGCAUCCGGGUUUAGCUGAGAAUCACGACCUCUGGCCUGACGCUCAAAUCCACAGCCAGAGCGGCAAACCCACCUGUUUCUAGAAGUGCGAUCGGGCUGCUGUUCCUUCAUCAGGACCUGAAGGCAGAUAUGUGAAAAGUUUUUCUCACCGUUUCAGUAACAGAAGAUAAACACCCUUAAGGUUUCAUUGCUAGGUCCUUAACGAUUCAUCUUUAUAUCCUAUUUGACGUCUCCCCUCACCGGUUGCUCCUCACCAGGAAUCUGUGAGGCACGCUGGCCUGCGCAGAGGAAAACCCAGCCUCUGUGUGGCCCGGGGCCCCCCUCCCGAAAUCUGCGGCCUCGCCUUGGUUUGCAGCCUCCUGGUGGGCUUGAGCUCCGUGUGUCUUCAGUCCCACAGAGAAUCCUCUAGGAAAAGCCAACUGUACCAACACGUUCUCGGUCAGAGGUUGCCUGCGACUCCCUGUGAGCCCCCGUCAACGCUCCGAUUGUGGAAUUUCUUCAGUUCCCACUGUGUGCCCCUCUGGGAAAAUUCCAUUGCAGAUUCUAGUGCCAGCAGUGGCUUCAAAAUCACGCCCAGUGCCUGACGGAGUUUUAUCAGGGUGGAGGGCACUUACCAAAAAUGACAUGCUGAGCACGUGGACGUUGGAGGUGAGGGGGGAAGGUGCCAUUUUUAAUAAGGAAGAAGAGAAAAUGACCUUCCACAAGUUUUAAAUGUGCUUUGUUUUCAGUGUCAUGCAGUGAGGGACUUGGGCAACGUUUAAGAACUUGAACCCUUCUAGUCCGAGGCCCGCCCCUCCCCGUGUAGUCAAGUGGAAGGCACAGUAAUUUCAUAGGAAAACUUGGUUUUUCACUAAGUACUACCAACUUUCAAGAAAAUCAAAAUCAUACUGAGUUUCCUAAAAUCUUGCACUAAGAAGAUCUGUUUCCCCAUGAAACUUGACUGUUACCUCACAUCAGAAUAUUCACCCCGAGUCAGUGGGUUGGGGAGCAGUGCUUUAAGUCACUUUCCCACCCAGGAAAAUGUGUGUUUUCAGAAUUGCCAUUUCUACUGAUCUCUUAGAGAGAGAGAUUGCAUUAGAGGAAAAGAGAUGACAUCACUGUGAUUGCUUCUGGGAACUGGGAGGCGUCACCCCAUCAGCUGCAGCACUCUCCUGUUCUUCCGCAUCGGCCUCUUGGUUCGCACUGUAUCCGUCUGUCCUCUGUAUUUGCUGAAGGGUUUUCAUGUUCCUUACGCCCUGACGAUGUGCUGCGCUCUUCAUAAGCAGGGCAUCUCAACCACGUUUUACAUCUCUCUGCUACGCCCAGAACGUGGGCCUGGAUGCCGUAGGGACUAGUAAGGGGCACUGUUUCGCCUUCAGGGAGGUUAUGGAACUCCUCCCAGUGUUGUAAAGCCCGGGCAGAUGCGACCCAAACCCCCAGAUUGGGGAGUCCUGCUUCUGCGUCUCUGGAAGCAAGACCCUGUCCACCACCUGCGAGGAAGAACUUGCAAGGACACUUAGCUCUCUCCGAUGGUCGGGGCAUUCAAAAUAAAACAAUAAACUAAGACACUUGUGGUUUGGGGUCGUUUGGAGCUCUUUCUUUGCAUUGUAAGAGUAAUGCAUCCCAUUAUAGAAAAGUUGGAAACCAGAAUUUAAAGAAUGUCUUACUCAUCGGCUCAAUACCCAGCGACAGCCAGUGUUGACUUGGUUCUAUUUGAAGACCAGUUAGGACUCUGUCUCUGGGUUGGCACUGAGGUUCCCUCUGCCCCUGGCUGAAUAGAACAGAGCUAGCAAGUCAGUUAUUGAUGUGGUAACGAUUGGGUUUCUAUAUCAAAUAAUAUAAAAUUAGGUUCUCACCAUAAUAAA